AUGCAACAAGUGAAACCGAUUCCACCGAAGGAUCUCGAAAAAAUCGAAGAGGCACGAAACUCGUUGAGAGCGUUAGGAGAAGAGACAAUCGAGGCGGGCAAAAUCCUCGGGAAACUUCUGCAAAUCCCGGCUGUCACUGAGACGGAUCAUGUCGAGAAUUUGAUGAAAGAAGCUGGAGCAAAGGUCGACGCGGUGGCUCAAGCCGUUGAAGAUAAAGCGCAAAAAGCGGCAGAGUUAAGCGAAUUGGACAAGAAGUUCUCUAAACUCAAGGAGGAAUUCGGGAGCUGGUUGAACGAUUUGGAUGAGACAGUUUCCUCUUUAUCUCCUUUAUCCUCAACAUCGGAUGGCUUGAAAGAGCAACAAAAAGAGUGCUCACAGUUGAGAGAUCAAUAUGCAGAAGGAGCACAACCUUUAGAAGAAUUGGAAAGGUUAUCGAUUGCCAUUGCUGAGCUAGAGACGAUUCCUGGCUCGAGAAGCAGCAGUAUUCCAAGAAAUGUAUUCGAUCUGAGAUCUCGCUACGAUCAACUGGGAUCACAAAUCGAUGGACGAGCUCAGAAAAUCAACGAACAACAAAAACAAGCACAUCAAUUCGAGGACAAAGCCGCCGCCGUGCAACAAUGGAUCAAAGAGCAGAGGGGAAAGCUGGCGAAUGAGUUCCCGUUGGAUCUCUCAGCUGAUGGAGUGAAAUCGUCGAAAGAACGCCUUGAACACCUCCAAAAGGAAAACCGAGCCGGGCAAAGAGAGGUUGCGAUGCUCGAGAAAGCAAUCGAAAUGGAAUGGGAAGCAUUGCAAAAUCAACAGGAAGCGACAAGGAAAAAGUUGGAGGAUGCCGAGAAAAUCGUGGAUGGCGUGAACCAAUUGGAUCGUUGGUUGCAUGGAAAACAGCGGUUGAUUGACUCUGUUGGUGCUCCUUCUACUGAUUCUCAUAUGGCAAAAGGACAAAGGGCACAAAUUGAUAUGUUAAAGAUUGACACCGAAAACGAGCGCCUUAACAUGGAAAAGCUGAAAGAUUUGGCGGAAAAGCUCGGCGAUUCGGCGACAAAUGAUGGAGAUAAGGAGAUCAUACAAAAACAAAUCGAUUUGCUGAACGAUCGCUGGGGAUCGCUGAAUGAUGGAUUGGAGAAGAAAGAGUCGAAUAUUUCGAGAGCAGCUGAACUCGGCGCUGAGAUUGCGCAGAUCAACAAGGAGAUCAAAAAGAAACUCGGCGAGCUGGAGCACGAGGUGGACGCAGUUUCCCGUCUUCCAUCAACAGAAAUCAAUCAACAAUUAUCCAAACUGGACGAGUUGAAAAGAAGAGAAGGAGAAGUGAAUGAGUUGUUGGAGAAAUUGGGGGAAAAGGUAAAGAAAGCCGAUGAAUAUGCGGUUGAUUCGACGAAUCAAACGGAAAUCGCCGAAGGAUUGUUGAAUGCAAAGACGAAAACGGCUGAGUUGGACAAGAAGAUCGACUCGGUGAAGCAAGCCGCUCUUUCCGUCAAAGAUCAAGGAGAUCUCUUGGAUCGACACGUUGAUGGACUCUUGGAUUCGAUUCAGUUAUUGGCACUGGAUAUCAAUAAUGUGAACGACCUUGUCAAGCAAUUCAUUGACCAAGAGGCCACACUGAAGAAUCAUUUGGUUGGCGAUGAGCAAGGAUUGGCUAAAGCUCAAGAAGAGGCUCAGGGCCCAGAUGCUCGACAUUUGAAGCGAGGCGCCGAGAAUCUGUGCGAUGAUGUGAGAGCGUUAUCGAAAAAAGCGAGAAAUGGAUUGGCGGCUGUGCAGAAGAAGAUCGAUCUGCGCACCAAAUUCGACAAGUUGAUCGACGAGAGCACAGCGUUUGCCGAGGGAAAAGAGGCAGAACUUGAAAAGGACAAGGAGAUGAUCAAUAGAGAAAGAUUGCAAGCAAAACUCUCCGAACCCAUCAAUCCAUCGAUUUGCCAAUUGAGGAGCUGGGAGAGAGAUUCCGAGGGAUUGAUCGAGAAGAUGAGAUUGAUCGAUUUGACGCUAAACGAGAAACGCAAAGAGGCCGAGAAUGUGAAAGAGAAAACGAUUCGAUUAGCGACAAGGCUGAACUCUUUAUACUCGGAUUUAAAUGAUUUGGAUCCGAUUGGGCGAAGUUUGGAUGAGUUGCAAAAGCAGAAUGAACAAUGCGACGAGAUGAAUGCCGAGCUAAACGAGAGGGAAAGCGAGUUGAAUUCGAUCUAUGACUUGUGGAAAUCAGCUCUGAACAUUCAAGCCGUCACCCCCGAGCAAUUGGCAACAAAUCAACAACAUUUGGAUGACAUGAAACGGGGAAACGAAAAAUUGGCGAUCGUUUCAAGAAAAUCGGCUCAAUCGGAGGAGGAUUUGAAGCGAAUUGAAAAUGAAUCGAAAGCUGUUAUCGAUGACGUAAAUCGCUUAGCUGAACAUGAUGCGCUGAAGAACGAGAAUGGAUUGACUGAUCCGAAAACAAGAGCUGAGGAGCUCCGCCAACUCAAAGAUCAACUCCGACCGGUGUCCGAGCGAGCCGACAGCGUGCAAGCCGAGUGUAAAGCUUUGAUCAAAACAGCAUCCCCGGAUGCGGAUACAAAGCAAUUGUCCUCUACCCUAGCUGAAGUCUCUCGAGCAGUUGAUGGGAUCAAUGCCUCCAUUGGCGCCAAACAAUUGGCUCUGGAUGCUGCCGUGCAACAAAUGGGAAGCUAUAACGAUGCACAAAGGGACCUCCAAAACUGGCUCGAGGAGACCGAGGAGCUCGAUAAAGAAACGAGUGUCGACGGUUUCCGUGGGAUGAUCGGCAAGCUCGCGAACAUCGCCUCAAACGAUGACGAGAAGAAAGUGCUGUCUGGAAAAGCUGAUGAGAUCACAAAUCGAUACGAAGACUUGCUGGAAGGAGCUCAAAAGGCUCAGGCUCGCCUUAGAGAUACGGUGGAUUUGGCGGAGAAAUUCACGCACGAGUUGGCCCCAUUCGAGCAAUGGUUGCAACAAGUCGAGAAAAAGAAUCGGUCAACUCGGCAACGUUCCGAC